GUGUGUUUGCCUUGGUCUGGAAUGAAAAGCGUCAACAACAGAAAGAAGCGGAUGGAAGGGUUCCAAGAAGGAAAUUCUUACCCAAAGCUUCCUCCCUGCUGUAACCACUCCCUCGUGUGCUGCAAAUGAGGCUGCUGUCCACCCUCAGGCAGAUUUUCAUGGUCUUCUAGGCAGGCAUGGCCUCCUGGGUGGAUGACCCCGUGGAGAGGCUUCAGGACGAGGUCUCUUGUUCCAUCUGCCUGGAGUAUCUGAAGCACCCGGUGACCAUUGACUGUGGCCACAACUUCUGCCAGGUGUGCAUCUCCGACUAUUGCCAGCGAGGAGCCGGUUCUGCAACUGGGGCAGCUCUGUGCCCCCAGUGCCGGACGGGGUUCUUGCUGAGCAGCUCCCGCUCCAACAAGCAGCUGGCCAACAUUGUGGAGGGCAUCGAGCAGCUGGCUCGGAGGCCCAGCCAAGGACUCAUCGAAGCUUUGUGCGAGAAGCACAGCAAAAAGUUGCGGCUUUUCUGCCAGAAUGAUGGGGAGCCCAUUUGCUUGGUGUGUGACAAAUCCAGGGAGCAUCGUAUGCACUCGGUCCUGCCCAUCGAGGAAGCUGCUCAUGACUACAAGAUGAAGCUCCAGGAAGCUGUGGACAAUCUCAGAAAAAUGCUGGCAGACGCCACAAAGCUGGAAGCCCAGGAGGAGGAAAAAACCACCCACUGGAAGGAGAAAGUUGAGAAACACCGAGCCCUCAUCAUAUCAGGUUUUGAAAGACGCCGCCAGGCAAUGGCUGAAGAGGAGCGGCUGCUUUUGAAGCGUCUUCAAGAGGAAGAGCUGGGAACACUGAAGAAGCUGGAGAUGAAUGGGGCCUUCCUUCUUGGGCAGUGUGCUGGGCUGCAGAACCUCAUCUUAGAGAUAGAACACAAAUGCCAAGAACCAGCUGCCUCCUUGCUCAAGGAUGUGAAAAAGACUUUAAGCAGGAGUGAAGAAAUAUCCCUGAAAGAACCGCCACCGAUUUUGGUGGAGUUGCAAGACUCAUAUGAUGUCCCUGGAUUGAUGGAGUUAUUACAAAGUUACAAUGCAUUGGUGACCUUUGAUCCUGAUACAGCCAAUCCUUACCUGCAAUUAUCAGAGGACCUCCUCAGCGUUCAAGUGGUGGACCAAAGGCAAGAUCUGCCCAAGAGCUUGUCUCGCUUUGAAACAUGCACUUGUUUAAUGGGCCGUGAGCGGUUCACAUCUGGGAAACAUUACUGGGUGGUGUGUGUGGAACGCAAGUCCAGCUGGACACUUGGAGUGUGCAAAGAAUCAGUGAGCCGCCAAGGUAUCUUCACCCCCUCACCGGCAAUAGGGUUCUGGACUGUGUGGUUGAGGAAUGGUGAUGAGUACGCAGCCCUUACCUCCCCACUCACAGAACUCGCGCUGAGAUCAAGGCCAAAGCAGAUUGGCAUCUUCCUGGACUAUGAAGCAGGAGAGGUUUCCUUCUAUAAUGGCAAUACUGGUUCCCACAUCUUUACCUUCUCAGAUGCCUUCUCUGAGACCCUUCGGCCUUACUUCUACCCUGGAAUUCAGGCAGGGGGCCUCAAUGAUGCUCCCCUCAUCAUCCAGUCAGCCAAAGAUCAGCCAAGUCUUUCUCUUCUUGCCAGUGAGACCUUUCCAUAUCCCUAGGGCUGGUCCCAGAUGAACCAUUGAAUAUGGGAUGGGACAUUCCAUGGGACCUCCGAGUGAUGCUGUUCAUUGCUCAUGCUAUCCUCAUCUGUGUCUGUUGACAUGUUGUCACCCCGAGACAGAGGCCAUUCCUGUAUCACAAAAAUGUUUCCAAAUGGAUCAUUGGAUAUGAAAUAGACAUGGCUUAUUCCUGCAAUUUCAUGAGAUUGUUGCCAUUCUACAGUCAUCCUAUCACUUUUUAAGUCCUUUAUCUCUGAGUGAGUCCCCUCCUUUUUUCUCCUAAAGGGUGACUGAAAAACAAUUAUUAGGGAUUGAGGAGGUGAUGGAGUAUAUACCAAGGAUGUGUGUUACCAUUUGUCAUUAUUAUUACUAUUGAUGUUGGACUUACAUGGAUAUUUAUUUUAGCUGGUAUUAUUAUUUCUACAGCUUUUGUAAACUGCUUGGAUCCUUCUGUUGGAAGUGGCCCAAAAGCACCUGAAAUAAAUAAAUAAAG